ACGUUCGACGAAAUUGUGUCACGGGCUGCUUUCUUCCGAUCCGAUCUGCUCAGCGCCGCUCAUUCGAUCGUGAGGCUUCGAAGAGAAAGGAGGUUUUUUUUCUGUCGACUGUCUUAGGCCCAAACAACACCUAAACGAUGCGGUUUCCCUACACCGUCUGGACGGUUGCGAUCGUGCUGUGCGCGAUUCUGAGCUGCUCCUCCGCGCGAAAGCUGGACAGUAACAUUGCUGCCAACCUCAUCCCCGGCAGCAAUGCGCUGGGCCAGCAGAAGCAAAAUGCCGUCGUCGAUACGUACGAGGACGUUUCCGGUUCGGAAACGCAACAGGACGCCGGAAGCGAAGCGGUGCCGGAGAGCACCGAAACGAACGAAAUCGAGGACGAGGUGGCCAGCCCGGAGGUGGUGAACGAGGUGCUGGAGGAAUCGAACGUGGUGCCGCAGGAAACGGUCAGCGAAGCGUCCGUCGUCAACAUGGACGACUCGAGCCUGAUCAAUCGAUACUGCCGCUGCACCGCGUACGAGUGCAACUGCUGCCGGAACAUCGACGUGCCGCUGUUUCCGGUGAAGGGGCCGGGCUGUGCGGUGAUCCAGUAUCUGGACGGCGAUCGGAUGUCGGUCGGCAUUAAGUUUGCCGAUCGCAUGAUCCUGAACCGUGUCAUCUCGGCCAGGAGAGCGACACCGGUUUGCCUGCCCCUGCCCGGUGGCUACAAUCGUUUCUGCGGGCGCGUUUAUGGUAUUUCCCGCAAGGCGAACGAAGGCUUCAAGGCGUGCCUAGGGUUGGAGCUGCGCGCGGACGACGAGGUGGAGGCGGUGCUGCGAGUGUCCUGCUUUAAGUUUGGCCCACGUGGCCUGUCCGUCAUGGAUCCGGAACCGCUGCCGCCGGUAGAUGAUAUCGACGUGGGGGGUGAUGAGGAGGAUGAGGACGACGAGGACGAAGCGGAGGAGCUGUUCGGUUUUUCGCUCGAUGACGAUGAUGAUGAUGACGACGAUGAGGAGGACGAUGACGAUGACGGUGGUGCCGAUAGUAGUAGCGUGCAGGAGAACGAAACCGAUCAGGGCGAUUCGCCCGACUAUACCGGGUUCAGCUUUCUCGAUCGUGACCUGAUGGGCAGCAUAUUUGGAGUGAAAAAGUUUUGGUAAACCGGGGGCAAGGUUGAAUAAGAAGAU